AUGCCCGAGGAACACGGUCGCAGGAAGAAAGUAGCCAUCAUUGGUGCUGGGGCGGCAGGAAUGUCCUGCGCCUCCACUUUGGCGAACCAUCCCGAUCGCUUUGAGAUCUCGCUAUUUGACAUUGCGGACUAUACAGGGGGCCAGGCGACCUCCAUCCCGUUGGACAGCUCCCGCCACGGCGCUGAAUGGCUGAAUGACGGAGUGCAGGGCGGCUCGCCUAUUUUCCGACACACGUUCAACUUCUUUCGUCGAUAUGGAUACGAGCCUCAGCCGGUCAAGCUGCAGGUGUCCUUUGGCAAAGGCACGGAUAGCUUCUGGACCAACGUCUUCCCAAGCCCCCUGGUUGAUCGCUACUCGGACGAGAUCCGGAAGCUAGGUCGCGCGCUGAAAUGGAUCAAACGCUUGAUGCCAAUCCUCGGCGUGAUGCCCGUUAAGGUGAUCUUGCGGCUGUUCCGGUUCAGCCGCGACUUCUCCAAUAAGAUGGUGUUGCCGCUGAUGGCACUCUUUCUAGGGACAGGCAAUCAGACGCCUAACGUAUCGAGCGUGCUGCUGGAGCGAUUGUUCGACGAUCCGCAGAUGCGACUCUGGGAUUACGAUCCGGACACGCUGCUGCCCAACCAGCCCGGGAUGUCGACGUUCCCCAAUCUAAGCGACUUCUAUCGUGACUGGGCGGCCGACGUGGCCGCGCGCGGCGUCGAUCUGCGCCUGAACACGACCGUCGACAUCCUACGGCGCGAUAAACACGGCGUUUCCCUGCAAUCGCGACCCGCCGACUUCCAGCCCGGCUCAAGCACGAGCUCCGCGGAGGAAUUCGACGAGCUAGUGCUUUGCGUGCCUGCCGACGAGGCCAAGUCCCUGCUGGGGAGCAAUGCCACUUGGCGCGAGAAUUUCGUCCUAGGUGGUGUCAAAUUCUACAAUGAUUUGACCAUCACGCACUCGGACUCGCAGUACUUUUCCAGCAUUUUUCAAACCCGAUAUGCAUCCGAUGUCUGCGCGCCCGCCAGUAACGAGUCGCGAAAGAAGCAGAUCGACUUUGCCCGGAAGGAGGCGCGAACUCGCAGCGACGGGUGGGAGGGCUUUGCGCCGAUGUACUACAUCCAUUCGUAUGUUUCGGAUCCGGCCAAGAUCGAAAUGGGGUUCGACUGCACGCAUUAUCAGCACCAGUUCCGCGAAACCUUCGGCCACGAUGUCCCAGCUCCCGAACCCGACCGACACGUCUAUCAGACCAUCUUCCUCGACGAUCGACAGAAGCACCUGUGGACGUGCGAGGGAAUCCAGAAGGACAAGAUCAUUGCGCGCAAGGACUGGCAUCAAUUUGGCCACCGCUGGCAGCAUUACCUACGCGUGGUACCGGGCAUGAUGUUUAUCAACGGGAAUAACCACACGGUAUACGCCGGAAGCUGGACGAUGGUAAACAUGCACGAAAUCGCCUGUAUCUCCGGCAUUGCGGCGGCGUACCGACUGGGCGCCACGUACGAGGCGUUCGAUGAUUUUGCCGAGGACUGUUUCGGUAAAUACUUGCUCGUGUGCCAUGGCAUUCGAUACAAGCGAGCCACCUGUGGGAAUGGCGAGUCCAGUUAA